AUGACCGAAGAAAGUGUGGCCGUAAAGAAGGGACGUGGUCGUCCGAAAAAGAUCACCGGCUCGCCAGCUGCUGCUGCUACUAAACCAACACCCGAGAAGAAGAAACCGAUGAAAGUUCCGCAAGUGGUCGAAUCAACAGAAGAGGUCGAUUCCGCUGCUUCCGGUACGGAUGAGGAGGAGGGCACACCGCCACCGGCACCAAAAUCACCCGGCAAAAAGCGUGCCGCAGAAACUACGCAGAACGAUAAGAGCGAACAACCAGCUCGCAAGCGCGGUCGUCCACCGAAGGCAAACAAAGCUGCGGUGAAAAAACCGGCAGCCUCUUCUGGUCGUGGCCGGGGACGUCCACGAAAGAAUCCCUAA